AAAAAAAACAUCCUAGAUGAUACUAUCACGUCCACGAACACAGCUCGCUCAACCUUUGCUACGAUACCUGCACUUUCGAAGGACCAUGGCUUCCGUCCACACUGCGCCUGCACGACCCCGCAGGUUCGCUCCGUUGGGUCAAGAUACAGAUACGAGUGAUGCGCCGAAACUGCAAGGCAUUGUUUUUGAUGUCGAUGGCACACUUUGCCUUCCGCAACAUUACAUGUUCACACAGAUGCGGUCUGCUCUCGGAAUUGACAAGUCAACCGAUAUCCUAGAACAUAUUCGCAGUCUUCCUACUGAACAAGAUCGUACGGAAGCUGUUGCAAAAGUUCAGGCAGUGGAGCGUGAGGCAAUGCUUGCCCAACAACCUCAGCCGGGACUUUUAGCUUUGAUGGACUAUCUUGAAGAAAAGGGGAUACGUCGCGCAUUAUGCACGAGGAACUUUGAAGCACCUGUUACGCAUCUCCUGAAAAAUCAUCUUCCGAAUCAUAUCUUUGAGCCGAUUGUUACGCGCGAUACUCCUGAUCUCCUUCCAAAGCCAGAGCCUGCGGGACUUUUGCAUAUUGCAGAGCAGUGGGGAUUAAAGAAUCGCGCUGAGAGUAUGAUUAUGGUAGGCGACAGCAUUGACGACAUGACCGCCGGACAUAAAGCCGGCGCAGCCACCGUGCUCCUUGUAAAUGAACGGAAUGCCCACCUGAAGGAGCACCUACACACCGAUAUUUGCAUUUCAAGACUUGAUGAACUCGUUGAUAUUCUGGAAAAGGGAUUCGUGGGCGAUAGUGCGGGCGAUAGCUGUGCCAGAUCCAGCAGCACUUAAAGAGUUUCGCCUUCACGGUUAGUUGUAAUGUUAUAUCUACAGAUAGAAGUCGUAUAAAGCACAAUAAUUUCUGAUACCUUGCCUUGGCGAAAUAAAUAUACCUCCACAACGCCAGAAAUGCGAUAUGCAAGAUAAAUUCUUCUUACAAGAUCGAAAGAUCAUAUAAUAUAGAGCUGGUCUAUCGCCGGCCUGGACGGUACUGGUCACUUCCUCUACCACGACCCCGACCUCUGCCACCGCGUCCUCGAGGGCCCGAACUUUCUCUCGAGUAACUUCCUGGCUGGGGUCUAUGACUAGAUGCAGGUGAACGAGAGCGCCUUCGCUGUCUAUUAAAGCCGUCAUCUCGAUCCCGAU